AUGGGUUUGGCUGCCAUGAUGAUCCUGUUCAAGAAAUCAGACUAUGCAGAGCCUUAUGCGGCAGGCGCGGUGGUCCUUCCAGUGGGUUCACCAUUAUACGUGGAGGUCUCUGUGGACAAGAAAGAUCUCAGCUUGGCGGUUGUUUUGGAGGAAUGCUUCACUUCUUACUCAUCAGACCCUGACCAUCUUGAACGAAACCUUCUCAUCCAAAACAAAUGUCCUACCGACAGCCAGCGAGUGUCUGUGGUUAUGAGCGGCUCAUCCCUCAAGGCUUGUUUCAGUACCCUGUUCUUCCUUGUUAAAGGAGAAUCUGGAGAUGUUUACCUCCACUGUAGCCUCAGCCUGUGUGACAGCAUGACUUCUUCUUGCAUUCCGUCCUGCACCGGCAGAGCCCGACGUCAUGUCUUCAAGUCUUCUCCACUAAAACCACUAACCAUUGGACCAAUCACUUGGGAGAAAUCAUCUGAGUGAAAUCCAUGGCAUUGGACUUUGAGUUUGAUUGUCUACAUGUAUAAAUGACAUGGAAAUGUCAGAAAAGUGUUAUUGAAAAGUCAGCAUUUAGGUCCUAAGUGUUCAAGAAUGCAGCAAAAUGCAAACUGUUUUUUUUUUUUGGGUUCUUGAUAGUGAACCUGUGCAAGAUCCAAUCUAUCUUCUUGAGGACAGGAAUGGUUGGCUGUUUAGUGGUGUCAGAUGACCAUCAUCGGGGUACAAUGGAGAGGGGCCUCAUCCCACCAAUGAUGGUCUUUGCAAGUGUCGCAUUCUGAUUAUGCCUUGUUUAUUUCUUAGAGGCUAAAUGUCUUGAGCCUUUUAGGAAGGGAUGAAAGGACCGCAUUCUUCAGAGAUGGUUUCUCAACCUUAGUCUUUCAUACUGCCAUGUGUUGGCAUCAUGACGUCACAAUCCUGCCAGCAGGAGACUAAAAAGAAACCCAGCCAGUCAGUCAGAAAAUCAUAGAACAAAUCAUAGAGCACCUGCAAACAUUAUUGUAUUGUAUUGUACUUUAUUUAUCCCACAGCAGGGAAAUUCACUUGUUACAGCAGCAAGCAAGAUACGCAAGUAAAGAAUACAUAGUGACACAUGGUUCAAGUGGUGCAGGUGUUGUAGAGCCUGACAGCGGUCCGUAUGAAGUAUUACAGAAGUAUUAAACUGUAUUCCAACCCAGGAUGCAGUGCAAACUGUGAGGCAACGUUUACACCUUGACCACACACUCCAAGGUAGAUCCGCUCACAACCCAGAACAAAUAUGUCAUUUGCUGGAACUUUGCCUCAAUACAACAUAUUUUCAAUUCAUGGGAAAAGCACCAAGUCAGUGGUACAGAUAUGUGGAUGACACAUGGGCCAAAAUUAGAAGCCAAGAAGUGGUACCUAGCCUUCA